AUGAAAGGAUCCAGCAGUUUUUCAGAUGGACGUUGGCCAGGUAUGGAUGCAGCAAAACUGCUAUUAGCUCUCAAGCAGGACACUCGAUCACUCGAGAGCUACAGUCUAGAGUACUUGGAGAUCGCUAAUGAUUCUGAUUUACCUGACUGUUUGCUCAUAGACUUUUAUUGUGAGGGCAUUAACCAGCCGCUCAAAUCACGAUUAACCCUUGAAGGUCCCUGUUCGUGUCUGAGUGAUUUUAUGGACUAUGCUUUAUUGACUGUUGGUUCAGUGUUCACUGUGGGUGUUGCGGAGGAAUGCGACACUGCACUCACUCAUGUAAUGGCAGCUACGCUAGAGCACGCUCACAAAAUGGCGGUGACAGCUGAGCCCUUUCACAAAAUGGCGGCCACAAAAUCACCCCUUCAUGUCAUUGCUGCCAUUCAUGAGCCAAGUCAAGUCACAGUCAAUCUACAAGAGCCAAGUAAAUUUGUCUCUUCAUGUAUCUACAAAGCUGUGGGUGAUAAAGUUGUUAUUUCAUUUGAUGAUGCAAAAUUACAAGUGGACAAUGAACUGAGAUGGACACAUAAUCAAAGGAGAGUUUAUUUUAAAAAAGGCUCACAAAUUAAGUUAAACGAGCUCAACGCUGAUGAAGAUGGAUCCCUGAUCCUGGAGAACGUUCAGAAAGACAAAUCGGGGGAGUACAAGGGAGUCAUCUAUAAUGCAGAAGGAACGUUAAUAAAGGAAACCGUACAACAGCUCUGUGUGCUGGAGCCAGUGCCUGAACCAAUAGUUUUGGUUGAAUGUGUAGAAAAAGGAGUAAAUCUGACUUGUAGUGCAGUGAACAAUGAUGAGGUGAUUGUGUCCUGGAUGAAAAAUGCCAUGAAGGCUAAUGUGACACAUGCUGUUUUACACGUCAGUUCAUCUGAGCUCAAAUCUGGAGAUCAUUUCUCAUGCACGGUCAGCAACAAGAUAAGUCAGAAGUCAGCAAAAAGCGUUGAGCCAGCGUGCUCUGAUACAGAUAUGUCUGAGAAGAGAAUUCUGUUUGGCUUGAAUUUAUGGUGGAUGCUGGUGAUCCUGACAGGGGGAGGAAGUUUUCUCCUCAUAGUCUUCAUCAUCUGCUUAGUCUGUGUCUGCUGCAGACGAAACAAGAGGAAAGCAAAACGUAAAUUUGUCUCUUCAUGUAUCUACAAAGCUGUGGGUGACAAAGUUGUGAUUUCAUUUGAUGAUGCAAAAUUACAAGCGGACAAUGAACUGAGAUGGACACAUAAUCAAAAGAGAGUUUAUUUUAAAAAAGGCUCACAAAUUAAGUUAAACGAGCUCAAUGCUGAUGAAGAUGGAUCCCUGAUCCUGGAGAACGUUCAGAAAGACAAAUCGGGGGAGUACAAGGGAGUCAUCUAUAAUGCAGAAGGAACGUUAAUAAAGGAAACCGUACAACAGCUCUGUGUGCUGGAGCCAGUGCCUGAACCAAUAGUCAUGGUUGAAUGUGUAGAAAAAGGAGUAAAUCUGACUUGUAGUGCAGUGAACAACAAUGAGGUGGUGGAUCCAGUGUCCUGGAUGAAAAAUGGCAUCAAGACUAAUGCGACUCAUGCCUUUUUGCAUGUCAUUUCAUCUGAGCUCAAAUCUGGAGAUCAUUUCUCAUGCACAGUCAGCAACCGGAUAAGCCAGAAGUCAGCAAAAGAAGUUAAGCCAGUUUGCUCUGACACAGGUCUACAUGCAACAAUUGCCAAUGACUACAAAGAAAAAGAAGUGAACAGCAAGAGUGGAAAUGAAAAUAAAAAAGAUGUGUAUGAGAAUACAUUUCUAGGCUUGGAAUUGUGGUUGAUGCUGGUGAUCCUGACAGGGGGAGCAAGUUUCCUCAUACUCUUCAUCAUCUGCCUUGUCUGUGUCUGCCGCUGCUACAGACGAAACAAGAGGAAGGCAAAAGAGGAAGAAGAGUACCGGCUUACAUCUCUGAUGCCAGAUCACACAAAUCCGCCUGAUGUGGAGUACAUGCAGCAAACCACAUCGCAGAGGUCUUCUAAAAGCCAGCGUCCUCUUCCACCCUUACCCAGCCCCCAAGGUCCUCCUUGUGCUGGACCCCCAUAAGAGAACAACCUGGCCUUCCAGAUACAUUGAGACCAAUACCAAGACCAGUGCUGAAUAGAAUAGUCUAUUGUUUAUAUAGAGAAUUGAUAAUAUAAACUAUUGGUCACAAAAGUUACAAAAAAUUAAUAAUUUAAUAAUAAAAAUAAUAAUAUAUUUUUUGAGCCUCUUAAGCUCACCAACACAGUGCACCAACAAAUGUAUCACAAAAAUACAUUUAGAGCUUAUGGUUAUGGAUACUACUCAUAUAAGGCAUUAAGCCUUGUUCAAUGAGCUGCUUUGCUAGUGCUAGUGCAGCAGGCCUACUUUCCAGUAUUUCUCAAGCAUUUUCCUACUUGAGCUGUUUAGCUGUAUACAGUCAUUUAAAUGUACAAAAUAAGUCAAAUACAAACAGGCCUCACUCAAAAUCACAGACUUUUGAGAAUCGACGUAAAAUAAAUGAGCACAUUUCACAAAUUAAAUUAAAUUCAUUGUGUCAUAGAUUAAUUAAUUUAGGAGAUUUUACACGAUUUAUUCAGGUAGAUUCCAUUAAAAAAACAAGCCUUAAAAACUACUCGAAAAUAUUAAGUGUAAUAUUGUUACCAUAAUUUUUUUUUUUUAAGUAAAUAGCCUGUUCUAUUUUUUACAGUGCAGCAAAAACUGUUUUCAACCUUGAUAAUAAUAAGAGCCAUUAUUAAUAAUUGAUCACCAAUUGAUAAUAAUGAACAGCAAAUCAGUAUAUUAGAAUGAUUUCUGAAGGAUCAUGUGACACUGAAGACUGGAGUAAUGAUGCUGAAACUUCAGCUUUGCAUCACAGAAAUAAUUUACACUUAAAAUAUAUUCAAGUAGAAAACUUAUUUUAAAUUGUAAUAUUAAUAUUACAAUAUUACUGUCUUUACUAUAUUUUGAUGAGCGUAAGAGACUUAUUUAAAAAACAUUAAAAAAAAUCAUUGCAUACUCUUGAAUGGUUGUGUAUGUUAAAAAGAGAGAGAGAGAGAGAGAGAGAGGAAAAGAUUUGGACGCAUUUGCUGAUUUUUUUUAUUUUUUAAUUAAUUUUUUUAAGUUUCACUACUUUCAACAAUUUAUAAUAAUUGUAAAGUCAUCAUUGAAGCCUGAUCAAAAGAAAGCCUGAUAUUAAAAUGAUUUUUUUUUACCUCCUAUAUUAUUCUAAACAAACAUGUCUAGAACUUCAACUUAAGUUAAACUUAAGUAAUCAUUCCACUGAAUCUAGGUCACUUCCGUCGAGUAUAUGCAGUUCUACGUGACAUUUUGUAAUUGUGCUCUGCAAGACCACCUUUGUACAUGCAAGCACAACAGACUUGAACUUGCUCUUUUCCUGUUUUAACUGAUGUUAUUGAAUUGUGGUUGCAAGAAGUGCUCCAGAUAAAAAAAAAAAUUACAAAAAAAAAAACAAUACAUAUUUUUCUCACUCAGUCACUCAGUCCAUUAGUAACAUGCCACCUUACUUACUACACACUUUCUCUUCAAAAGCCUCAAGAAACAUUCAACUGAACAAAUUUAAUUUUAAGUUAGAAAAGUUAUUUAAAAGGUACAUUUUAUAUUCAUGAAAAGAUUUGGCUCUCACUUUAUGAAAAUUGUGAAUCACACCAUUUAAAUAACAAGUUAACAUUUAAAAUUAAACCACAGAAUGAGUUGCACUGAGGUUUCACAUGUGGUGAAUGGAAACGUUAUUCUGACAUUUGGUUUAGAUGUGUGAAUAUGUUGGUAUUUGUGUUUGCAUCUGCCUACCUCCUUGGGAAUAUUUGAAUUUCUCAUCUUGAGCUCCACAUGAGAAAUUCACGAAAAAUUCACACUUUUAAGCACGCAUGUGUUUCUGAGUUAAAAACAUACAAGUUUGUUGAACUGUUUUCAUUUAGAUUUCCUCGCUCUUGAUUUCUGAAGUGAAACUCACAAUUGUGCCCUCUCAAUCUAGCGCCCAAUCCAGUUAAUUAAAAUUAAUUAAAAUGGGUAUGUGUUCUGCUUUAGAGAUCAGAGCAUGUUGGUUAAACUGUCUUUGUUGCAGUUUGUGGAAGGUUUUUACGUAUCUGUUUGACAAAGAGAGGAUGUGAAGAGAUUGAUAUGAUAAGCUGUAAAGGAUGGCCUGUAUAUUCUACAGAUUACUACUAAUUUGAAAGUUUUAUACAUACUUUCUAUAAGAAACAAAAUCUAAUUUUUCAAAUGCUGUCCAAUUUCUUCAGGAAAUUCAAACAAUUAAUGUCGUUUUGACACUCUUUGAUGUGGUGUGACAGAGCGCUGUAAAGGUGCCUCAGUUUAAAUGGCAGCAUGGAGGGCAAGUGAACGCAAUCAUCCCUUCCUUUUUAGUCAUAAUAUGACAUAAACAUGAAUGAACAUCAUGUCUCAUGUAACCACUCAGUCAGUGUUUCAACCAUGAAAAAACGACAAUAAAACAGCUUCUACAGUGCCAGUCCCAGACUUCUGGGGGUCCUAAGCAAAACUUUGUCAGGGGGCCCCUAUCAGUUAAUUAAUCAAAUGUAAA